AGUGUGAAGUGAGUUUGUGGAGGUCUAGAAAACAACAGUGUCACAUGAGUUUUUGAACUUUCAAAUAUGGGCUGUUGUUUCAGCAGCGAGUUAAGUAGUGACAAUGACGAUGAAAAAACUGCCCUGUUACAAAACACCGUGGAGGAGAAGGAGCCCAACAGCAAGAUAAGUAAAACCUUAUCUUCUUUGUUUGGUCCUCUUGGGGAUGAGGAGCUUUAUGGCAUUGUGAGGACAGCUGCUGGGGGCUCCCACUCCCCUGAGUGUGGACACUGGGAUAAGCAUGACAAAAAUUCAAGUGCUGCCACUGAACAGGACUCUGAGUGUGUCUGUGACCCACCGUGUGUGGGGAAUGGCCGUCCACAAGUCUGUCCUGUGGACGACGGGCCUCCUGUUUGUGUGCCUUUGUGUUCUGACUGGGGCCUUCAGGAAGAAACAUUUUUGAGUGGCUAUCUGUAUAGUUACCCAAACACUUGUAAAGCCUCUUUAGUAGAGAAAGAAAGAGUGGAAAAUGUUCAAGUCAGUAAUAAUAACUCUUCAGAUAUCUCUGACAGGGAGAAGAAAGAUGAUGAAAACCUUGGUUGUGCUGAUGACCAACAGCAUGAGAAUUCAGGAGAGCAUGAGUCGCGCAGCAUUUGUGUUAUGUGUCCUGACAGCCUGGCCCUGUGUGGGCAGUGGGGCACGCCCGUGGACUGGGCAGCUGCUGGGGGCAAAUGCUGCUCAGCUGUUCAUUCCCCAGAGACUCAGGAAGAGGACUGGCCGUUGGAUCGUGAGAAGCAGUGUUCAGUCCCACAUCCUGUUCUGGGGGCAGGAGAGUCAGAACCACAGCAGGCAGAGACCUCACCCCAGGACAGGCGGGGUCCAGAUGACAGGAAGGAAGAGUCCAGUGGGAAAACUGGGCCUGGUUCUGAGCUUCUGACAGAUAGCGAUACACCUUGUGAAGCCAACAGUGGUCACAGGCCAGCAGAGGCUGCGAGGACAGAAGCUUGUGCUGAGUUCCCUAAAGCUCACACAGAAAGCAGCAUGUCACCUAAUGUCAUGGGCCCAGGCCCUGAGUUAAGCAGCAGCAUAUCCAGCGAGUCACUAACACACACAUGUGCCAUCCCCAGAGAGAGAGUGCGCCGAGGUUCAGGAGCAGGUCAGAUGCACGAGUCUCCCACUUACCUGCUCAGUGCCACUCCGUGUGUUGAAGGGAGUAGCAGGCCUGAAGCUGUGAUGGUCAGAGUCAACCAGUAUUUGCCUUCUAGGAAGGAAGAAGAAAAUAACUCUGGGAACCCACGAGACAGUGAUUGUUUCCAUUUGGACGUUAGCAGAGCAGAUUGCACCCUUUCCGUUGGUCUAGAUAGAAUUAAUUUAAGUUCCACAAGGUUUACCACUUCUGUGAGCUGCAGAACUGAGAGUGUCUCAGUUUGUGCUGACUUCAGAGAUGUAGCCCUGGGCAGACUCGAGGACCCCAGGCCUCAGUGCCCUGUGGGGCCAGCACUGGAGAGAGGGCAAUGUGCAAGGGACAGUGGCUGGGAGGUUAGGAUUCCCCUGCUAGCAGGUAAAGGAGAGAGCUUCCCUUCUCCCGAGGAGGACAGGACUGGCCUGCUGCAGGCCGAGGAUCGUGGUAGGGGGGCUGGCGAGCUGAAAUGCUGGUGCCGGCCAGGGCUGUGUGCAGGCCAUGGGGCAGAUGAGGCUGGCACCUGUGCUUCAGCUCCUAUGGGUUGUAUCCAGAGGACAGACAGCCCCAGACUCAGAAGGGCACAAGGAACACCCACACAUGGAGAGCCCCAGGACGUGUCCAGACCUCUUCUGAGUAACUGUGUGUCCUCUGCAUUCGUUUUCAACCAUACAGGUGAGAGAGAGAGGGAAGCAGGCCCCAGUAAUGGGGCAGAUGGAAUGUGGGUGCAGAGUUCAGUCAGGGCCUCACAAGACCUAAGUGACCCUCCUAGGUCAGCAGGUGCUGGGAAGGAAUCCCUGGGAGCUGGUUACCGAGGGAGGAGUGGAGACGACUCCAGCAGUGUCAUGGUGGGCUCAGAGAUAGCCUUUGAGUGGGAGCCAAGCCUCCUGAGAUGUAGGGCAGCGCCCAAGGAGGAUGCACGUAGUUACAUCACCUCCCAUGUGACAGGAAAUCCUGAUGCUGGCACCAACCAAGUAGAAAAUCAUGAAACCCACAGAGUGAUUGUCCUCAAAUACAAAGAUCUUGAUGUUGUACCACUGGAGUCAGAAGUAGAGAAGAAUUCUCUUCACAGUGGGGAGAGCCCAGAGCUGGAGCAGAUUUGCUCUGAAUCAGCCGAGGAAGUUUCUAGUGCCUUUGGUAAUGAUGUGUUGGGGUUGAGUAAAUCACAGCUAACAUGUAAAGAGGAGAGACUUUGUUUGGACAAAGACAACAUCAGCCCUGACCUUAUUGACUCCCUGAGUCUAGGGACAGAGGAACAUGCCUGCCAUUGCAAAGAAAGAAACGCCAAGUCUGCAGUGAAAGAGUCUACUUUAAAUGGCAAAGUGGAUUUUGUGGGAAACUCAAAGGUACCACCAACUAAAGUUUCGGAGUUAAACCCCAACGCAAAAGUAUGGGGGACUCAUAUGUUGCCUUUGGAAGCAAGUAGCGCAGUGGACGGUGUGAGCGCGGCGUGGGAGGACUGCAGCCAGAGGGGGUUGGAUGCUAGUUGUGAUGGCGACCAGCGCUGUGAGAACACGGCACUGCCAGAUGCGCAGGGCUUGGACCACACAGACGCCGGCACCUCGGCUCCAGGUCCCACAGAGCACGAGCCCCAGCCUGAAAGCAGCGAAGCAGGAGGAAAUGAGUCUCAACCAGAAAGCCAGGAAGACCCCCGAGAAGUGCUUAAGAAAACUUUGGAAUUCUGCUUAUCUAGAGAGAACCUUGCUAGUGACAUGUACCUGAUAUCACAGAUGGACAGUGACCAGUAUGUGCCAAUUACAACGGUGGCUAAUCUCGACCAUGUCAAGAAGCUCAGCACCGAUGUGGAUUUGAUCGUUGACGUGCUGCGGUCUUUACCUUUAGUUCAAGUGGAUGAGAAGGGAGAAAAAGUAAGGCCAAAUCAGAACCGUUGCAUCGUGAUUCUGCGAGAAAUCCCUGAGUCUACGCCCGUGGAAGAAGUGGAAGCUCUAUUUAAAGGAGAUAAUUUGCCAAAAUUUAUCAACUGUGAAUUUGCCUACAAUGACAACUGGUUCAUCACAUUUGAGACAGAAGCCGAUGCCCAGCAGGCUUACAAAUACCUUCGAGAAGAAGUCAAAACUUUUCAAGGAAAGCCAAUUAAGGCACGCAUAAAAGCAAAGGCAAUAGCUAUAAACACAUUUUUGCCAAAGAAUGGAUUCCGACCUCUGGACGCGAAUCUGUACACACAGCAGCGCUAUGCAGCGUCCUUCUACUUACCACCAGUCUACAGUCCCCAGCAGCAGUUUCCCCUGUAUGGGCUGAUCGCACCCCACACGUGGUCCGCCGCGCACAGCUAUCUUGACCCACCGUUGGUAACUCCAUUUCCAAAUACUGGAUUCAUAAACGGGUUUACGUCUCCAACGUUCAAGCCUGCAGCCUCUCCUCUGACUGCACUGAGACAGUACCCUCCCAGGAGCAGGAAUCCUAGUAAAUCUCAUCUGCGCCAUGUGAUUCCUAGUGCAGAGAGAGGACCUGGAUUAUUAGAAAGCCCUUCCAUAUUUAACUUCACUGCAGAUCGAUUAAUUAAUGGUGUGCGGAGCCCACAGACAAGGCAAGCAGGUCAAGCCAGAGCACGGGUACAGAACCCUUCAGCAUACACCAAGAGAGAGGCUGGCACUGGGCGCGUGGAGCCCAGCAGCCUCGAGUCCUCCCCCGGGCUAGGGAGGGGCAGGAAAAAUUCCUUUGGCUAUCGGAAGAAAAGAGAGGAGAAGUUUACAAACAGCCAGACACAGUCUCCAACACCACCAAGGCCUCCAUCACCAAGCUUCGAACUAGGGCUGUCCAACUUCCCCCCAUUACCUGGAGCUGCAGGCAACUUAAAGACAGAGGACUUGUUUGAAAACAGGCUGUCUGGCCUGAUAAUAGGAUCAACAAAAGAAAGGAGCCUCAGUGCAGAUGCCAGUUCGAACCCUGUCCCUGCAGCAGUUCCCAGAGAGCCCCUGGUGCCAGUUUCCUGUGCAGUGUCAGCAGCCUAUGAGCGGCCCCCUUCCCCAGCCCGUUUGCCUGAGGACCCCAAGGCAGUGGAGAAGCAGCGGGAAGCCCACAGUGGGGACAGACUCCCUUCCGCCUUCACCACCACUGCGUGUAAAUCAGUACAGGUGAACGGAGCUGCCACGGAACUGCGGAAGCCCAGCUAUGCAGAGAUUUGUCAGAGGACAAGUAAAGAGCCUCCUCCUUCCCCAUUGCAACCCCCAAGAGAACAGAAGCCCAACACUGUCGGCUGCGGGAAGGAGGACAAGCAGCUGGUAGAGCCCACGGAGAGACAAAGAGAGACCCCUGCCCUCAAGUCCACGCCUGCAGCCCCCAGAGACCAGAGGCGGCAGCCCGGGCGCCGACCCUCGCCCCCGGCCCUCGGGAAGCGCCUCAGCAGGGAACAGAGCACCCCCCCCAAAUCCCCCCAGUGAGAGCCGACUGCGCGGAACACUCUUCCACUCAGCACGUGAGUGAGUUGCUGGUUAGGAGCUUGCAGUGUUUGAGGCCUUGGGGAUCCUGCAAGUUAUUUUUCUUCUGUGAGUUGGAUUUUCCCCCUCUUGACAAAAAAAAAAAAUCUAUUUUUCAGGAUUUAAUUAUAAACCUUAUUUUAGGUUGGUGCUUAACUAGAGGUGAUGCAUAAGUCAGAUUUUUUUUUUCCAGGAUAGAAAAUUCAUUUAUCCUAACAAAUUGGUAUUUUUUAAGCCUCCAUGUGGCUCUGAAUGCAAGCUGUAUGUAGUGAGUUUUUCUAAAUUAAGGGAGCUAUGCUACUUCGUUUUUCAGUGACUGGGCUGCAAGUGCACAUCUCGGCAGCCCGGCAGGUGGGUGAGGGGCUGCCCGGCAGAGAAGGCACAGCCUCCUGGAGGAGGGGCUGCAGGACAUGGGCUGUGCCUGUGUCCAGGCUGCUGGGUGCUCUGGCACGGAGAGUGCAGAGACCCCUUCCGAUGUGGUGGGCAAGAUGCAGCUGCAGAGAGCACAGGGGCACCUGAGACCUUGAGCUUCGAUGUGCUGCAAGCAAGUAACCAGCUUCUCACUCCAGUUUCAAGUGGCUAUUAUGUAAAAUAAAUUCAAAGCACAUUGUGAAUAGAACCUAAAUGAAAAUAUAAACUUUGUUGCCCACUGACAUGUUACAGAAGUUGUACCAGGAUGUUGUUCUGAUCCUAUGAACUCCUGCGGCGACAGCUGCUCCGUGCACAUUUCUGUCCCUGUCCCCAGCACUGGGUGGAGAGUUCACAGCCUGCCAGCUCCCCGUGGACAGCUCCCCAUGCUCUGCAUCGGCACGUGGUUCACGUCACGUGACCCUGAGAGUGGUGUUGGUGGCUUCCCCUCUUUGGCUGGUGGAGGACAAAACCCAGCUCUUUACCUCCAGGACAAGGGUCUCGUUGAUUCACUUCUAGAAGUGCUGCACUUCUGAAGAAAAGGAUGCACUAGGGUUAGCAAGUUUGUAAUAAAGUUAAAUAUAAAUUAUUUUGUUUUAAAAUGCCUAAAAUCCUUCUUUAAGUAUUCUAAGCAGCAAACAUUAAAAUAAGAAUAUUUCCUGCUAAAUGUAACCAUACAGUUUAUUCCACAAAAUGUUAUUUAACAAGACUGAGGUUUUUUUUUUUUUUAAGAAAAAAAUAUUUCCAUCCAAUAUUUAAAGACUUGAAUUUUAUUUAAACUUGAAAAUGACUUUGCCUUAACUUUGUAUGAGACAGCUUCGAGUUCGUGGAGCCUGUCCGAGCUGUCGGCCAGCUGCUCGGCACGUGGGUCUGCGGCCAGCCUCCUGGUGAGCGCUCUGUGGUGCAGGAACGAGCAGUCGUCUUUGUAACAUACCUUAGAGAGUUCACACAGUUGAUCUUUUUUCAGAUUGUUGAAAAAUCCUGUAAAUGCAAUGAGUCGAUACUGUAUUAAAUAUGUGCACUCGGGAGUGUGCUCUGCUUGUACAGUUGUAAAUAAUCAGAACAUAUUAAAAAGGUACCUACAGAGAAAAACCUGAUAAAAAUUAUUGAUAUAUUAUAAAUGUUGCUGUUCAGUUGGAUGUAGAUAAACUAAAUGUUGUGGUUUGAAUAUUUUAAUUUGUUGAGAUUUUUUUCUUUUUCUCUGAUACUGGUGUGUGGAACUGAUGCUGCCUCUUUGCUGCCAAAGGGAAAUGGAAAGUCUCAUUAAAGCCUCCACAUGUCUCCUGCUCUGUCAAGGGGGCAAGUGCAUACUCCUUGUAAUGCAUGUGAGGUUUUAAAGUAUAACAUAGAAAGAAAAAUUGGCAGGAUCUUCAACUGAAGGUAAAAAAUAAUCAUAUCCAUUGCCAUUAUUCAAACAUACAGAAAUACACACAGUGCUAAUGUUUUUCAGAUGCCCAUUAAAGGAGGGAAUUUAUUUCUCUGUAGUUGUCAGAUCACUGACCAAAAAAUCAGAAUAAUUGACCUCUGAAACCCAAACUCACAGCUGCAUUAAGAGCUGGGAAGGUGCCUCAGUCCUAGGCCCCCAUGGGGCAUCUUUGCUGGGGGCCUGGGCACCACCUCAUUCCCAAAUCACGGUGCCUCCCACCUGCCAAGCAAGUUCCUGGCUUUUAAUAAUGAGAAAUCCUUUCCCCCAGGUGUGAGCAUCGCAGCACAGGGAGUGAGCUGAGGGCCGUCAGCGUCUCAGCCGCAGUGGCCAGGGGCCGCAGAGCAGCUCCUGCCCAGCCAGUGGCAGUCUGCCGCGUCACAGCUGCAGCCCUGCUCGGUGUGAUUUUUAUAGCAUUCUUUUUAAUUAAGCAAAGGUGACAUGCCAAAUAGCUAUAUGAUGUCAAAAAAAUCUUUCUGAUAUUUGAGAUUCUCCCCUUAGAAGAGAAGAGGAGUUACUGCACAGGAAGUGUGGUAUGCCAGCAGACUGCUGCCCUGUGCAGUGGUGACAGUGGCUUUCACACAUUUUUGUAAAAGUUAACUCCUUCUUGUCCCCCAGCAAUGACGAAUGGCAUCGUGACUUGUAAAAUCGUGUGAUGGUCUUUGCCCUUUGGAGCUAGUGCAGUGAGAAUCAUGCCCUGCUCCUCCAAGCUUGUGUCCCAGGCGGAAGAGCUGCGCUGUCCACCCCUGUCGCUGUGUCACUGGUAAUCACUGGUGGGGGCAGGACGUGUCUUCUCUGCUGUGUGGUCAGGGUCCUACAGUUUGUUGAAAAGCCGGCUCUGCACGUCUAGGAAACAGGUCUCAGGUUGUGCCUGCCUGGUGCCCCUCGGCAGGCUGUGGUCACUGCACUAGCACGGGGGUGCAGGGGCACCAGCCGUGGAGACUGACCACGUGCCGGCCACCAGGUCACAAGUGGAGUGUGAUGUGGACGUGUCCUGAGGGUUUUUGUUUCUGUUUUCAUUGAGACUGGAAUCAAGCUUACAUGUAAACUAUUGGUAAUUUAAGUUUACUUUUGUGUCAUUCAGUGUAAAAAUGUCUAAUUUGAAGAAAAUGUAGGUUAUGAAAAAUAAAGAUUUAGGCACUGUUCAA